GGCAACGGUCUCUCUCACACACACACACACACACACACACACACACACACACACCACACACACACUGCAGGGCCCCAGCAGCGCUCCUGCUGACCUGCUUCUUCUUAGGACCGUUUGGAUCUUUUCAGCGAAAUGGGUCACUGUUAAAAGUGACACAAAAAAAACUACUACAACCUCUGAGUUCAAACACAAUCCGUACCAGGACGAUGACCACUGCUACAUCGCCUGUUCCAGAGUGAAACUGCUUUAUGAAGUGUGCCGUCCCAGGUUUGAAGUCACAUUUUACCUGCACCCUUAAGUGUCACACAGGUGUAAAAAGAAGCAAAGCGGUAUUCAUAGCUGCGCUGCUUUGAACGUGAGCCAUCAAAGUUGCAGCAUCGCUUUUGGAACUGUCCGUUUGACACAAUUAGGUGGGCGCCACGCAACGUCCGUUACGUAAGGUGUUUGCUGGCGGCGCCGCGCGUCAUCCUGAUGGAUGCUCGUGUUUGCCUCGCUUUCUCAAAGUAACCUGAGAGAAGGUAAACGGCCACACAAACAGACACACCCACACUACCACCUUUGUACACCCUCGCGCCACCUCUAGCCAGCACUGAAACACUGCACAAAGUCAAAAGGUCACCCCGUGUGUCGCCUCCCUUCUAUGAUGUUGAAUGACUUCCAAGGGCUUUGAGCUCAUCUUAUUCUCAAAUGAUGGCAUUUUAUUGUAGUAUUUUCACAGCAAUGGCAGUCAUUCAUUAACUGACGGCUUCGCGUUCUGCUCGUAAACGCCAACUUCCUAAUGCGGACGGUCACAAAACACAAGCAGCUGGUGCGUUCAGGCGCAUUCAGUACGCGACGAUGAAACGCUGAAGGUUGUGUUUCAAAUUACGACAAAUAUAUUUCCCUGUGUAUUAUUGCCACAAACAAAACGAGCCUUAAAUUGAAUUCAAUGUGGGGAUAUUUAGUAUGUUUGUGGGGCCCCCAUGUGCCCAAUGUGUGGCCCUUUAAAUACUCCGAAUUUGUAAUUAGGUCGUUUAAUGGACAGUUAAAAGAUUUAAAAAGUGAAUAUUGUACACAAGUGUGCAGUUUACUGUCAAGAAUGUGCUCGUACAAAAAUAAGACCAGCUGGUCGUCCUGAGUGAGCCGUCGUCGUUGCGUAGUCUCUGAGAAGUCCGACGGUCCGUGAAUGCAGCGUGAGGCUCAGCCCAGCAGGCUUGAUCAUGAAAAGCUUCAGUUCUUCUCACCUGAGAGAGCGGAGGGAUGCUGAGGGACGUCGCCGCGGUUCUCGGCGUGUCUUUUCCACGCAGGACACAAGUUGGACGUGAAAGAAAUACAAACGAGUUUCCGUUUUGAGGGAAUUUUCAUUUGUCGGAGGCUUUAUCGGAGGAUUAAAGUGCACGUGAAGUGGACGUCGACGUAAGACUUGAACUAGUUUACUUGUUUUUCUUCGCGUCCUUUAUCGGACUCAAUGACUUUCACCAGGAGGUGUUUUUGUGCUUCUAACAACUUGUAAGAAUGCUCUUGGCACGUUAAAUGCAGCGGACGUCACGUGACCGCCGGAGAUGAACUUUCUCCGGGUGAAUGAUUGACGUGUGCUGCUGGAUUAAUAAUAAAUAAGAGGCUUGGAACGGGACUCAAGCAGAGCAGGUGCGGCUACUUUUUCAAGUCUUUGCUACUUCUUGGAUUUGAGCUAAAUGGGGUCCACCGUGCGGCUGCUGGUCCUGGCCCUGCUGGUCCAGAGUCCAGGUGCACUCCAGGGAGCGUCCAAAGAGCUCGUGUGCGAGCCCAUCACGGUGCCCAUGUGUCGCGGGAUCGGCUACAACCUGACCUACAUGCCCAACCAGUUCAACCACGACACCCAGGAGGAGGUGGGCCUGGAGGUGCACCAGUUCUGGCCCUUGGUGCGUAUCCACUGCUCUCCGGACCUGCUGUUCUUCCUGUGCAGCAUGUACACGCCCAUCUGCCUACCGGACUACCGCAAGCCCCUCCCCCCGUGCCGCUCCGUAUGCGAGCGGGCCAAGCGGGGUUGCUCGCCGCUUAUGAGCCAGUACGGCUUCGACUGGCCUGAGAGGAUGAGUUGUGAACGCCUGCCCCGCCUGGGCGAUGAGACCCUCUGCAUGGACCAGAACAGCAGCGAGACCACCACCGUGACACCCCCUUUCCCCAAGCCCACCCAUAAGGGUCGAGCUAGACCUGCAGGACCGCCUCAGGGUGAGUGCCGCUGCAGGGACCCUCUGGUUCCAAUCAAGAGGGAGUCCCACUCCCUGUACGGGCGGGUCCACACGGGGCCCCUUCCCAACUGCGCCCAGCCAUGCCACCAGGCCUACUUCUCGGCAGACGAGCGCACCUUCACGGCCUUCUGGGUGGGCCUGUGGUCAUUCCUGUGCUUCGUGUCCACACUGACCACAGUGGCCACCUUCCUGAUGGACAUGGAGCGCUUCAAGUACCCAGAGAGACCCAUCAUCUUCCUAGCCGCCUGCUACCUCUUCGUGUCGCUGGGUUACAUCAUCCGCCUGGUGGCUGGUCACGAGCGGGUGGCGUGCGCCCCCAGCGGCGGGGGUGGCGAUCAGCUUCGUGUCCUUUAUGACACCACUGGGCCCGCUCUGUGCACGCUGGUCUUCCUUUUGGUCUACUUCUUCAGCAUGGCCAGCUCCAUCUGGUGGGUGGUCCUGUCCUUCAGCUGGUUCCUGGCAGCCGGGAUGAAGUGGGGCAGCGAGGCCAUCGCCAGCUACUGCCAGUACUUCCACCUCGCCGCCUGGCUCAUCCCCAGCGUCAAGACCAUCAUCGUCCUGGCUCUCAGCGCCGUCGACGGCGACCCGGUGGCCGGUAUCUGCUUUGUGGGCAACCAGAGCCUGGGGAACCUACGGGGGUUUGUACUGGCGCCUCUGGUGGUCUAUCUCUUCACGGGCUCGCUCUUCUUGCUCGCCGGCUUCGUUUCACUCUUCCGCAUCCGGAGCAUCAUCAAGCAAGGUGGCACCAAGACAGACAAACUGGAGCGGCUCAUGAUCCGCAUCGGUGUAUUCACGGUGUUCUACACGGUGCCCGCCACCAUCGUGGUAGCCUGCCUGGUCUACGAGCAGCACCAGAGACCCGAAUGGGAGCGAGCGCUGGCCUGCACCUGCGCCUCUGAGCGCCAGCGUUUAGGCAUCGGGCCGGAGUACGCCAUCUUCAUGCUCAAGUACUUCAUGUGCUUGGUGGUGGGCAUCACCUCCGGGGCCUGGAUCUGGUCGGGAAAGACUGUGGAGACCUGGAGGAGGUUCUUGGUGCACUGCUGCCCCUGCUGGCAGCACAAAGUGGCAGCUCCGUCCCCCUUGUACACCCAGGCCACUGCUGCUUUAACUGGACCUGCCCCAGGAAUGUAUCAUAAAGCUUCGUCUCAUAUAUGACACGCGUCCAUGUUUGGAAAGCCAAGAUCCCAACACCUGACAAACAUGACUUUACCACAUGGACCCCAAGAUCCAUCAUGGAAUCACUUCCUGUGACGCACUGGCAGAGAAAACAUUUAUUUAUGUCAAUUGAAUGUGGUAUGAAGACGUCCUGCUUCAAGUCAAUCAUCUUGUACAUAAACGUGUUGUAAAGCUUUGUGUUCUGGUCGGCCAGUAAACGUAUGUGUGACACCUGUGGCUUGUUUUGAUGUGGGUUACUAAAGCUGCAGUCAGUAACUGACUGGUGUUGGCCUCCAGCGCCAUCUGCUGGUUAUGAGUGGAGUUGCUCAGCUCUGACAGGUCCAUGCUGGACCGCAGACCCUCAGAGGCGGAAAAGCAGUCAUGUGACUUUUGUUUGAGGUCAAUUCCUAUUUUGACCGUGCUGUUGUGGACGACUUCCUGGAUCGUGUUCUGAUUGUUUGCCACUUCAAAUUCUGCAGUUGCUCAAUUUGAAUGGGCACUUUGGAGCACUUUGAUGACAUCUCAAGGCAGAUUUCUGUCAUACUUCUACUGAUUCAUGCACUUUUUUUUACCUAUUGUUUUUCUUUCAUGUAAUCUCACAAGGGAUUCAAACAUGAGGGGUGUGUGGUCCGAUGGACUUUUCUGAUGUCAUUUGCAAAUGCUUUUUGUUAAUUUUCCCUUAAAUGUUCUUUAUCUGCAGGCAGUUGAAGUGAAUACAUUAAUUUUUUUUAUUAUUAUUUGUAGACUUGGUCAGACAUUAAUAAACAAUUAAGCAAAUUUGAAACUGAUGUCAUUUUUAGCAUGUAUAAUAGAUGAAAAUUCUAAUUUAAGGUCGUAUAGUACUUGAUACUUACAUUAACCUUUUAAAUUGCGUAUACUUUUGCACGCACUGUCCAUUAACGCUUAACAUUAAUGACGUAAAGCUAUGU